GCCACAACGUACUCAGGAAAAUGCAACUCACCCUUCCCUUUCUUCCUCUCUUGCUCGCCACCAUGGGUGCAGGGUACCUCCUCCCAAACCCGCCAGGGCGAUACAAUGUCACAUUGAGGACUGGGGCAAUCAUCGACUACGACCGCGAAUCCCGAGCAUUGAUGCUGUCUGUAUUUCAACCUGUGACGUGCACUUCUACUGUACCCGUCUUGUACAUGCCCAACGAAACUGCCAAACAUGAGGGAUCAUGGAUACAGAAGAUGUUUAACAUCUCAGUUGACCUUACAUCUCUCUUGGCCGAGGCUCGCCUGCAAGUCUGCUCAGAUGAUAAUAGUAGUUGCUCAUCCCUGGGUAACACACCAAUCCUACUCCUGUCUCCUGGCUACAGAGGUAGUCGGCUCUACUAUAAUAUUAUUGCUUCCGCUAUUGCCAGCGAGGGCUAUACAGUAAUCACAAUCGACCAUCCGGGAGAGACAAACGUUAUAGUCUAUCCUGAUGGCCAUGUAGCCUACAGCGAUCUCCCAAACCCCACCAAUAUCGAUGAGUUGACCCAAUACGCAUAUAUUCGCGCCGCCGAUGCAUCUUUUAUCAUCGAUCAGCUCAGCAACGCUACCGCCAUGGCCCAGUUUCUUCCCCAACACGGACCUCGGCAGUUCCCAACAGAUCGCAUAGCCAUGACUGGUCACUCUCUAGGCGGUGCCGCUGCUGUUCUCGCUGCUGGCCUAGACCCUCGGAUUCACAGUGUCAUCAAUUGGGAUGGCCCAUUCUUUGGCGCUCUGCCCUCGUCCGGAAUAUCUCAGCCAGUGCUAUAUGUGGCCACCGAGCGCGAAGACGACCCUAGGAUGCUAGGAGUAUGGCCAGAGCUUAACGGCCCAAAGCUGUGGAUUAAGGUCGCGGGUCUGUUGCACGAGGGCAUGCUAGAUUUCUCAUCCCUUUUUCAGACUUCUGGACAGAACACAAAGGCAUUCGAGACCCUACUAGGCACAAUUUCACCAACUCAGUCAACAGGCAUCAUGUCGACAUAUACGACUGAGUGGAUGAACGGCUGUUUUGUAGGCGAGAUGGGAGGGUCGUUGCUCCAGGGCCCCGACGCGGAUAGAUUUCCAGAGGUCGCCACUUUGAAGAAAGACAAUUUUUAGUGGAUAAUUGAAGCCACCUCGCACUCAUGGCUCACGAGCUUGAAUAGUUGGUAG